UGUGUAACCAAGUGCAACAGUGGAAGCGUUUGUCUGGCGACCCGAUACAUAAUUUAGAUUUGAAAAAACCCUUCCUAAACAUGUGCAUUUCAGGUGUAGCUUGUGCGCAUUGAAUACAAAACGACGCGCACUGGACCAGAUUGAGCGACAGCUUAAAAAUACAUCAACAAAUCUGCCAAUUACUGGCAGGCUCGUUAAUGAUAAGGUGGAAAUGUGCGAUUUAUGCACAUUUGUGAGCUCCAACAACACGAACUUGGCAAUGUUUAAAGAAUGCGACGAUGAUUACGGUAAGCCACGUUCGGUAUGCAACACUUUAAUGAGCUGGCACCAGUGAGC